UCCCAUAAUGCCCCGCGCGGCCACGCAUGCGCGUCGUCGCCCAUGGAUUCAAGAUGGCGGACACGGCGUCCAGCGGCUCGAGCAGCUCGGGCACGAGAUCAGGAGGCAAACACUCAACAACCCCUGCAGAUAACUAUUACUUGUCUCGGAGAAGAACUUUGCAGGUUGUUGUCAGCUCCUUGCUGACAGAGGCUGGGUUUGAGAGCGCUGAAAAGGCAGCAGUGGAAACCCUGACAGAGAUGUUACAGAGCUAUGUGUCGGAAAUUGGAAGGAGCGCCAAAUCAUAUUGUGAGCACACAGCAAGAACUCAGCCAACGCUUUCAGAUAUUGUCGUUACCUUAGUUGAAAUGGGGUUCAACGUGGAUACUCUCCCGGCAUAUGCCAAGCGCUCUCAGCGGAUGGUCAUCACUGCACCACCUGUGACAAAUCAGCCCGUGACUCCUAAAGCCCUGACGGCUGGACAGAACAAACCCCAUCCAUCCCACAUCCCCAGCCAUUUUCCUGAGUUCCCAGAUCCCCACACUUACAUCAAAACUCCGACGUACCGGGAGCCAGUCUCAGAUUACCAGAUCUUACGGGAAAAGGCAGCAUCUCAGAGGCGUGAUGUGGAAAGAGCUCUGACUCGCUUCAUGGCAAAGACAGGAGAGACACAGAGUCUCUUCAAGGAUGAUGUCAGCACGUUCCCAUUGAUUGCUGCCAGACCUUUCACAAUACCAUACCUGACUGCUCUUCUACCCUCUGAGCUGGAGAUGCAGCAGAUGGAGGAAACGGACUCAUCUGAGCAAGAUGAUCAGACAGACACUGAGAACCUCCCCCUUCACAUGAGCACGGAUGAUUCGGGAGCUGAGAAAGAGAAUGCUUCAGUGCUACAGCAAAACGCAUCCCUGUCGGGCAGCCGCAACGGAGAAGAGAGCCUAAUAGACAAUCCCUACCUCCGGCCAGUGAAGAAACCCAAGAUACGUAGGAAGAAAUGAGCUGUGGCAAGCUGACUGCGUGGAGGAACAGGAGGCUCCACUGGCUGUCCCAGGGAGGUUUCCUUUGCCGCUGUGAGUGGUGCAGGACAAAGGGGAGAUCCUGCUGGUUGAGUGGCAAAAACAGAGGAAUGACCUCUCUGUACUAACUACACCUCCCCCCCCACUCAUCUCCCACUGGUUUGACUUGGUCAGUAGGAAAAGGGGUAUUGAAGUCACCAGUCCUCACACUGGAAUCAGCCUGUCUACUCCAUAGAGCAUGGAGUUCCAGCUGUGCCAUUCCUCCUAUCCAUGGGAUGGAUUUAUUCUGUAAAGAGGAGGCAUGCAGCUGCUUAACACGUUCCAGUGGACAGUGCAGAAUGCAAGAAUCUAUGUGCUUCCACAGGCUGACGGAGUCCUCUUCUAGGAUUAGAGAAAGACUUGUCCCUCCCACCUUUUCAGUCUGCAUCGGUGUGCCCAGAAUCCACGCCACGGUCCUGUGUUAACUAUGAUCUCUAUGCACUAGAGAUUGGCUUUGGCUGCGCAGAGCUCCAUAGCUUAAAGUUACCCAGAAUUUGAGAUUGCUCAAAGCUAGGAGGUCCUUCCAUGAAAUCCAGUCCUAGAGUCAAACUUUCCCAAAGUUGCUUAAUAUUCAGUGUGGGUGUUUUGGUUUGUGUCCCUCCAAAUUACAUUGUUUAGGGAGCAAUGGGCGAGGUUAUGCGGGUGUGUCAGGAUCAUGAGUCUGCCCAAGCAUGCCAUUUACUCUGUUGUGUAAAUGUGGAAGUGAAGAAAUUGUUGACACUAGUUUUCCAGUGCACUCAGUCAGCAAAUUGACUGUGGUCCCCUUCUUAUUCAACAGUGCUUUCAAAAUGGUCCGCUCCCAAAUCAACAGAUCAGCUUCUUGUGUGUCUGUCUUAUGGUGCAUUUCUUAUGGUGUCUGUCUUGUGGUGCACUUAUUGGUGCAUUUCUCUGGUGAAAGUCCAAGAUUUUUACCCUCAUUAGCCCUAGAAUGCUGAAUUUCCCAUUGCUUUGAACAACAUCCGAUAAUUCACUUUGCAGAGACUUUAUUUUUGAGGAGCGUGUACAGGAAGAGACAGACAAAUCUCUGGUCAGUUUUCAGUUCCCAAAUUCUGUUGGCAGUUUAAAAAAAAAAUCUUUUUUAUCUGGUAAACUGAGUACAUCUGAUGUCUCACUUAAGGGGAGAGGAAUAAACACAGAACUCCAGAAUGUCAUUAUUUUCUGACUACAGGUGCACUUUAAAAGCGUUAACCAUGUUGUUUAUACCACUCCAGUCAGAGAAUAUUUUCCAGCUGUCUGAACAGCAAGAUCAAACAGCUGCUCCAGGCUAUCUUUUGAUUCUGUUUGGUUUCAGUGCAGUAAAAGUCCCCUGAGAGUCUGCCAGCUGUUUGAAACCCACUGUGCUGGAGGUUUUGGAAUACAGAAAGACUCGAUGGACUGUCCUUAUAGCUAGCACUAUAGUUUGUUUUCUCCUGCUGAUAUACAGAGCUUUUGUUCACAGGAAUUACCCCUUCAACAGUCAAAAAAUACUGCUCUUCCCAGUAGGGAUGUAAGUGACUAGUUGACUUGUCGAUUGGCUGAUAAACAAAAGCUCAUCAGAUAGUCAACUAGUUCCUUGACUAGUCACUUCCCCUCCUCUUAAAAGCCAGUUCCCCCCAGCACCAUGUCUGUGGGGAGUGCAGCACCAGCUGAUUCCUGACUUGCGCAGGAUGCUUCCCACUGCUCAUCACCCUUUUAAAUGUAUUAAGAGCCAAUACAUUUAAAUGGCAGAACUGCAGCGGGCUUAGCUUCUGGGCCAGGAGCUAACCCCCCUGCAGCUCCCCCACUUAUCAGCUAAUUGACUAGUCGAUGGAAAAUCGAUUGACUAGUUGAUUAAACUAAAUUUAACAUCCCUGCUUCCCUGCAUGACCUCAGAGUGCAAUCCUCAGGCCCUUGUUUAACUUCCACUCUGCCUUUAUUCAGGCAAAACACUGAUUGACUUCAACAGUUUUUCAUGAGUAAGAAUGAGUGAAAUUGGAGUGGAGAGAUUCCCUCCUGCAAACACAGGUGUAAAUACAUGGACCCAGCUAGGGACUGCCACCGAUGCCAAAUAGGCUUAUCUGAUUGCUAGUGCUCUAUGAAAAGGGGCCUCUGUGAAAAUAUUUGGCAAUAGCAGAGAUUUCGUGGCUGAUGGAAAAAGUGCACACAGCAGCUGCAGAGGUCAAACUAGCAUUUGCAGAUUGCUUGGCCAUUUCAGGCUCCCUCAUUAAAUAAUCUGUUCUUGUGGGAAGUGGGGAAGGUUUUGCUCUCAAGUGUAGAUAUUUGAAUUUAACUAAAUCACUCCCCCUCUAAACUGGGCUGCCAGAGAAUGAAAAGUAGCCAGCAAACUGAUGGUUUAAACCAUUUUUAUGAAUUUUUGGAAAAAUAGAAAUGAAACACUUUAGAGCUAGUGACACGGAAGGUGAAAUAGGCCUGUGUAGAAAUAAUACAGAGCCUGAGAUGAAAAGUGUCACAAUCUUGUUCCCGUUCCACCUCAGUAAAACAGCACCUUAUACUCUUUAUCACUGCAGUGACAUUGGCGGUGCUCAGCCCUUUCUGUCACUCCAGGAACAUCCAGCUGACUGUGCUUUUGGGCCAGGAGCCUAUGGGAAAUAUCAGGGUCUUGGUGCUCCACUUCCCUGUCUCUGUUCCUACACUUGCCCUUUCACCUAUCACUCUCCAGCUGCCUAGAAACAAAUCCCUUUUCCUUCCCUGGGUAUGAGCUAGUUUGAUGAUUCCUUGAAGAGUUCACCAGGCUGCCUCAGGAGACUGGUCAGGACGCAGUGCCCUCUGGCAGCAUUCUAAGAUGAGAGGUUAGCGUGGUGUUCUUAUGCUUCAACACUUGACCUUCUUGAAGAAAUCUCCUUGUCCUCUAGGCUGAAGGACAAGUGUGAUCUAGGCAGAUGGUGGGAGGAGAGUGAUCACAACAGCCUCUUCACUUAAGCCAAGUGCUGUCUGGAGACCCUGCUUUCAGAAGGCAAGGACUCUGUGUGCUAGGGCUGAGAUGACUGUGUGUCCAUGCUUGGAUGUGCCUUGUUAAUCUUCUACAAUCUUCCUCCCUUCAGAGGACAAUGUUGGCCAAAGAAGUAGCUGUUCCACGGUGAUGUUGUGUCCCUCCCAUGCCUAAUAAGAUGAGGGUAAAAAUUAAUUGCUGAAGGGAGAUUCUAAAGGCAGGUUCCCACCUUUGCAAUAUGUGGAUUUUAUUCUGUACCAUCCAUGCCCGUGGGAGAUGUACCAUUGACUUCAACAGGGGCAGGGCUGCCAAUACCAGCCUCUAAAAUACCCUUUUCCCCUGAGGUAGAAUUGUUCCCUCGAGGGACACUCAGAAGAUCCAGCUAGAGGCUCUUAAAGGUUUAUCUCUAUUGAAAGAGCCUUCUGCGUGCCAUUGUCAAGCCUGCUGGUGCGUUUGUUGUAUAAAGGAAUGUAUGUACAUACGUUGUAUAUUUAUACAUUUAUAUUUUUGUUUGGUCAUUUUGGAUUAAGCUUUUUGAUGAUUAAAAACCUAAGUUGGACAGAAGUAGAGAUGAAAAUAAUUAUUUUCAUGUUCAUAAUAAAAGUUCUGUCUCUAGUA